AUGUUCAUGCUCAAGAGCCUCUUUGGCAAGAUGUGGAGCGACAAGGAUAACAUCGAGCUCGUGCAGCUCCCAAGCGGCUCGCUGUUCGUGAUGCGUGAGGAUAGGCGCGAGUGUGUCUAUGAGCGGGCUGUGGCGACGAUCCGGCGCUCGUCCGUGCCGUUCCAGUACGUGCUGGCCAUCACACCCCAUAUGGAAGACAAGGAAGAGGAAGAUGCCGCGAUAGAGGAAACCACGUUUCUCAUCGAUGAAGCCCUCGCGUUCCGGACCAGUGUACGGGACCAAACGCCGUCUUUUGUGUGGCGCGAUGUCCAGGGCGAGUCGUUCGAGUUUGUUGUUGAUACCGCGAUGUGCAAUUCUGUGAUGCGGUCUGUAUUCGAGGUGACGUACUUGCAGUGUGCUUGGGAGCGCAAGACAGGUCAGAGUCACGAGCUGGCCACGGACGAGGACCUGGAGCGUCUCAAGCCGGGGGAGACGAGCAUGCCGACCGCCAACGCCGGCGCUCCUACGCGUGCACCGCCCGCUGAGUCACUGCAGAGUGUCACCGGGACACAGGAACCGACAGUUGUGCUAACGGCCACGGCCGACUUGUACCUGUACGACCAAGCGAGCGGACUCUUUAUGCGACAGGAGAAGCAUGUGACGGCCAAGGUGGCAGAGGUCGGUCGCUUUUUGUAUUGGAUGGUCGUGGAUGGAGCCGAGUCGCCUUGGCUGAGUCAGGGCGUGGACUCGCGCAUGAACAUGAAUUUUUCGCUCGAGAACCUGAGUGCCGUGUGGAACUAUUAUGACGAGCAGCGGCAUGUAUACUCGUGGCUCCUGCGCUUUGGCGAGAAGGCUGCGUACCAUGCAUUCCAGGAAACGUUCUCGCACUUGCUGUGGGAGACGCUGCACGAAGAAAAGUGGGGCAAGGCGUCGGGUGCCGAGCAGCAGUACCUGGAGCAGGCAUAUGAGCAGGACGUGGCCAUGACAGAUGACGAGGGUGAGUCGCAUCAGCGCACGCUUCUGAGUCCGCGGCACACGGCCGCUCUCAGUGAGGACGAAAGUGAUGUGGACGCGAUUGAAGCGCAGCUUGAUCCGAUGGACGAAGAAGAGGAGGAGAGCGUCGAGGCCGCCACUCAGGUCGACGACGUGGCGCCGGUGAUGCCCGAUAUGGGCCGCCAGGAGCGCAACUCGGCCUUGGCAGUGGGCUACAAGUCUGACCGCGCCUUUGUGGUGCGUGGUGACAAAAUUGGCGUGUUUAAGCACACGGACGACGAUACGCUCGAGUUUAGUACGGCCAUCAACCGUAUUAGCACGCCGCAAGGCCGCUCCUUUGUGCCGCAGCGUGUCAUGUUGCAUGAUCAGGAUACGGAUAUGGUGCUAAUGGAUCCCAGCAACAAGCACACGCUAUACCGCAUGGACUUGGAGUACGGCAAGGUUGUGGACGAAUGGCACGUCCACGACGAUGUGCCCGUCAACAACAUUCUGCCGACGAGCAAAUAUGCGCCUAUGACCGCUGAGAAAACGUUCCUUGGCACGUCGCGCAAUGGCAUCUUUCGCAUUGAUCCACGUCUGCGCGACCAGACGCUGGUCGACUCGCAGUUUAAGCUGUAUGCGACCAAGCACGACUUUAGCGCGGCGGCCACCGACGCAUCAGGCCGCUUAGCCGUGGCGUCCAACAAGGGCGAUUUGCGCCUAUUUGACAACCAGAUCGGCAAGAACGCCAAGACCGCGCUGCCGUCGUUAGGUGAUCCGAUCAUUGGUGUCGACGUCUCUGCUGAUGGUCGCUGGGUCAUUGCGACGUGCCGCACGUACCUUUUGCUCAUCGACACGCUGAUCGGCGAGGGACGUUAUCAGGGCCAUCUCGGCUUUGACCGCGCUUUCCCCGCCGACUCGCGGCCGUUGCCCCGCCGUCUGCAGCUGCGUCCACACCACGUCGCGUACAUGGACUCCGAAGUGCGAUUCACACCCGCUCACUUUAAUACCGGCUCGGAUGCCGAGACGUCGAUCGUCACAUCCACAGGCAACUAUGUCGUGUCGUGGUCAUUUGAGGCCGUCAAACACGGCAAUCCGUACGCCUACGUCCUCAAACGGUACGGCGGCACCGUCGUGCGCGAUGAUUACACGUACGGCUCAGACCAGUCGAUCGUCGUCGCAUUCGAAGACGACGUGCAGCUUGCCAAGCGAGCGCAGCUUCGCAAGCCUACACGGGCAUCGCUGGCGCCGGCAGCGACACAGCCACGGACAAGUGCGGGACGCCUCCGUCGGCAAACACAGGCCUAG